UUUAUCACUGUAUCAGUAACUGUGGGAGAAAGGAGUCUUUCAGUCGUUUCUUUGAAAUGCAAACCUGCAGACUGGCUGUCUCUGAUUCGCUGUUGUAAUACUGUUAUGAAAAAUGUAUCAAAUUAGUAAAUAGCAGGAUCGAUUUCCGUCAAAUCUAGAUGGAUCGCCCUCAUUUCCGAGAAUAAUUUUAAACAAACCCGGGAUUUUAUUACAGAAUUAGAAUCUCAUGGUUUAGACUUGGAAGAGAGGUUACGAGACCAUGGGCAAAGAGGCGUGGGUUUCGUUUUCGCUGUAACAACGAUAUUAAAGAAAGACAUCGCAUAACAUCCUGGUAUACCGCUUUUGUAAAAGGAACCAUACUACAAGUUGCUGUUUUUUCGUGGGAUGCCCGUAACUCAAAUUAACGAAGAUUUUCCUGGAGUUGUGGAAGAAGCUCAGGAACAUGGGCGCUAAUCACUCCCACAAAACUCCAGUAUUUGAUGAAAAUGAAGACGUUAACUUUGAUCACUUUCAAAUACUCAGAGCCAUUGGAAAAGGGAGUUUUGGGAAGGUCUGCAUUGUGCAGAAGAGAGACACCAAGAAAAUGUAUGCAAUGAAAUACAUGAAUAAACAGAAAUGCAUUGAAAGAGAUGAAGUUCGGAAUGUCUUCAGAGAGCUGCAGAUUAUGCAAGGUCUGGAACACCCUUUCCUUGUAAAUCUUUGGUACUCCUUUCAGGAUGAAGAGGAUAUGUUCAUGGUAGUGGAUCUUCUACUAGGAGGGGACCUGCGCUACCACUUACAGCAGAAUGUACAUUUUACAGAAGAAACUGUGAAAAUGUAUAUCUGUGAAUUAGCACUGGCCCUAUACUACUUGCAAUGCUGUCAUAUAAUCCAUAGAGACAUUAAACCCGAUAACAUUCUUCUUGAUGAACACGGGCAUGUGCAUAUUACUGACUUUAAUAUUGCCACUGUAUUGAAAGACUCAGAAAAGGCUACAUCUAUGGCUGGAACUAAGCCUUACAUGGCUCCUGAAGUGUUUCACUCUUUUAUGGAGGGAGGCCCUGGUUACUCCUAUCCUGUAGACUGGUGGUCACUGGGGAUCACGGCAUAUGAACUGCUGAGAGGCUGGCGACCUUACGACAUUCAUUCCAUCACCCCAGUGGAUGACAUUCACAACAUUUUCCGAGCAGAGCGAGUGCACUACUCCUCCACCUGGUCCACAGGCAUGGUGUGGUUACUGAGAAAGCUUCUUGCCAAAGACCCAGAGUGCCGUCUUUCAAGUGUUACAGAUAUCCAGAGCUCCCCCUACCUGGCUGAUGUGAACUGGGAUGCUGUUCUGGAGAAGACUGUUUCCCCUGGCUUUCUUCCAAAUAAGGGGAGGCUGAACUGUGAUCCUACUUUUGAACUGGAAGAGAUGAUCCUGGAGUCCAAACCUCUCCACAAAAAGAAGAAACGAUUAGCUAAAAGUAAAUCGAAAGAUGCCACUAAAGAAUCUUGCCCACUGCCUGCCCAUUUGCAGCAGUGUCUGGAAACUGUACGCCAGGAAUUCAUCAUAUUCAACAGGGAAAAGUUAAGAAGACAAGGACAGAGCAUGCAGACAACCAGUCCUGACAGCGAAACGACUAAUCCCACCCAGGGGAAAGUGCAAGACGGACAUAACAACAAUAUGCCUGGGCCAGUCGAUGGCUCUGUGGUCUGCCACAGCUAGUUGAAAACACAAAGCCCAUAGCAUGCCAACAGCCGUGGAAAGAUCCCACCAGAGUUAGAAUGGGAACAAUCAUUGUAAGCCUAUCAAAAUUCUGGUUCAACAUUAAUCAACUCCACUAAAGGUUACCUUGUUCUUUUCAAAGGCAGGCUACAGCUAUGGCUGCACACUAAUGAAUAAGAAGCUCUGAUCAGAAUCGAUUCCACAAAUAAAUGCCACAUUUUAAAACACCUGCUGCUUAGCCUUUAGAAUAUGAGCCUUCAAACAUUCUUGUGUGACAUGGAUGUGUGCGGCAUGAGCUAGUGCCCACAAUACCUCUAUCUGUGCUGUGGCUUUUUAAUUGUUUUAUAUUGACAGAAUUUCACACUUGAGUGGUGUUUUACAGAAAUCAGUGUAGGAGAGACCGGGGUUGGUUGUCACACCUGUUGGUUGUCAGACUAAAUGGCGCAGGCAGGUGAUAAUAAUACUGAAAUGUGUGUUCUAUUGUCUGGAACUCAGCCAUCUUGUAAUUUGAGGUCAAUUCCAUCUAACAUAAAGGUUAGCACAUAUUUCAUUUUUUUCAUACCCAAAGUAAAAAUCGAUAUUUUUUAUGUUCACAUAAAAAGUAAAAAUACAACUUUUUCUGUCAUUGUAUACAGUAGAAACUUUAUGUUAUUUAAAAAAAAAAUGUUGCAGUAUUGUCUACUGUAAAAUCAAGAACAUACUUUGUGACGCCCAACCCCAGUAUGGGGCAGAUUGUCACAGGUGACCGGCGCAUUUUCAACCGUCUAAAUAUCAUAUCUGGAAUAAAGUUAUGCUGAAAUAAAAAACAUCAAUUUGUACGUGAAGAGUUAUUAUUCAAUAUAACGAGAACCUCGCAGAAUGUCACUAGAUUGAGGAAAAUAAUAAAAGAGUAAAAAGUGUGACAACCAUCCCCGGUCUCCCCUAUAUAUACUACAUGUAAAACCUGAUUGCAUAUCAAGAGAUCCCUUCAUUAUCAAUAUGAUUGUACUGCAAUGGACUAGUCUAAUAUUUUUGUCUGUCCUAUAAAAAUCAAAUCUGUAUGUCAUUUUCAGUUGGGUUUACUAAUGUUCUAAUUGAAGUUCAGAAACGUAAAGUUAUAACCUACGGCACAUGCAAGAUUAUCUAAUUCACCUCUGGAUGUAAAAAUAGACUGCCUUUGUUUCUGCAUUUUACAUGUUUCGCAUCCCUCAUAUAAUUAGUUAAGAGAACGUGUACAAUUAUUUUGCAGCAGAAACUCCUACUUCCCCCAUUGUAUGAGGGAGCAGUUACUGUAUUUGAAAAAAUGUCUACUUCAGAAAAUGAUGUUUUUCAGAAAGAAAAAACAAAUCUUUUAGAAACUGUAAAACCUUUAUUAUCGGUACCUUUGUACUUUCAACAAUGCUGGCCCAGUAACUGUUAAGUUUAAAGAGUAAGUUGCUUCAAAUGUGUAUUGAAAUGCCUUUUUACAUUUAUGUUAUUGUUUAGAGGUGUUUGCAAUAAUUCUUAGUGGUUCCAAGUUCUGCUGUUCCAAUAUUGAGUUCAUAUUUUUUCUCUCUAAAUCUUUGCGCUUGUCUAGACAGAGCACCCUAAAUGUCAGCAAUGAACAACCUUCCUCUUUUCAUUUAAAUCAUUUCACAAUGUGGCCUUUCAAUGGCAGAGUCCCACUUAUUCUACAUGUAUACAGACAGAGAGUAGGAAUAACUAAGAAUGAUUGCAAACACUAUAAAUAGCAAUUCAGAUGUUUUUUUUUUUUUUUUUUUUUUGUUAUCUUUUCCAAUGCACGUUUUAAGCUUCAUUCAGGUCACAUCCACUUUGUCAAUUAAGUUGACAACUCCAGCAUAUAUGCAAUCUGAAUCAGAGAUUUUGCCUAAAAUACACAUGAAAUAUAAUUUAAACUGCACAACUAUUGAAAAAGCAUGGCAAUAGUAUAAUGCUAAUAAAGUCCACCUUUUUUUUUUUUUUUUUUUAUAAAUUUAGUCGUUGCCAAUUAUUUUUUUAUUAUUUUCACCCAAUUUGGAAUGGCCAAUUAUUUUAUUAUGCUCAGCUCACCGCUACCAUCCCUGCACUGACUCGGGAGGGUGAAGACGAACACACGCUGUCCUCCAUAGAGUGUGCCGUCAGCCGACCACUUUUUUUAACACUGUGGACUCACCAAGCAGCCACCUAAGAGUCACAGCGUCGGAGGACAACGCAGCUCUCGGGCAGCUUACAGGCAAGCCCGCAGGUGCCCGGCCAGACUACAGGGGUCGCUGAUGCGCGGUGAGCCGAGGACACCCUGGCCGACCUAACCCUCCCUCCCCCUGGGCGACGCUCGGCCAAUUGAAUACCGCCCCUGGAAGCUCCCGUCCUCGGAAUAGCCUGGACUCGAACUCGCGAUGUCCAGACUAUAGGGCACAUCCUGCACUCCACGUGGAGCGCCUUUACUGGAUGCGCCACUCGGGAGCCCCCAAAGUCCACCUUUUUAAAUUACAACUUCAGAUAACUGAGGGAGGCAAAAAGCUAGCUGAUUGUGUGGGCAUCUUAGAUUAAUGCUUUAUGAAAUUAUCUGACAAACGACAAAUUGACACAAAGGUUCAAAUGAGGUUUUCUUCUUGAGCCGGUAACUGUGAUUGAUUUGAAAGCAGCCACAGUGACUCAGCACAGUGGUUUGCUGGUGGGCUUGCUGUUUUGGCAUCAGGAGGUAGACAGUAUGUUGCAGCCUCUGGAUGGGAUCUAAACUCCCCUGCAGACAUUAUGAGACUUCAGAUAUCAGACAAUCACGCAGAUAAAGAACUGAAAAAAUAAACACGGCUAUAAAGACAAAAUUCAAAGUAUUAUGAAAAAGUAAAUCACCAUGACCUUCUGUACACCUACAUGAUGUACAUGUAAUGUACAAACGUGUGACAUAUUCUAUAGACAGACAGACCUGUAUAUCCCUAGUAUCUGAUAUUAUUAACCUGUCUUAAUCACGUGUCAUCAUAAUCGCAAGCCGUAAGGCAUCACACAUACUAUGCAUCUCCAACAGGGGGUAAUACAUAUCUGAUUGCAUUUUUCUAUGACCAGUUUUUCUCAGUUUAUGAUAAGGAGUUGUAAUGAAAUCAUAAGGCAGCUAUUUUAAACAUUCUGUUCUGUCAGGCUCAGGCCCCAUAUGUUUUUUUUUUUGUCGGCAGCCCUGAAUGUUUGGGUCCUCUCGGAAAAGGCAGUAGAUAGUCCUAAUUCUGUAUCUGUGUUACCCAGACCUCUUGUGACCUACAGUAACUGGCACUGGCUAAUCUUACAGUGGCCACCUUGCAGGAAAUAAUGCAGGUGUGUGUUUUUUCUUGGUAUAAUGCAAAUGUUAGGCUGGGGAAGUUAAUUACUAAUUUGAAAUCAUUUUGCACCCCCUUCUUAUAAGUGGGGGCUUUUGCAUAGUGCAUUACCAAGCAACUGUUUUAUAAUUGACAGCACACCCAUCUAUCACUUAAAGAUCAAAGCUUAUUUUCCCACAGUGCUGUUGAAAGUAGUAUAGGCCCUGACUCUUUCAUUUGUUUAUUUAUAUUUAUUGUAUGUCUUGAAUCUUGCGUUAUUUGUUUUACUACAGUACAGUAUAACAUUGAAUUUACCUUUACAUGAAGAUCUCCUGAAAAACGAGGAAGAAAAGGCUUGCCGUUGCUUAAUGAAAUUAUAAAACAGUCAUUGUUGCAUUUUGUCUAAGUAUUACAUACUGUAUGUGUUGUCUGAUUCUGUUAAAUUGUAUAUUCAAACAGUUUACAUUUUGUAUAGUAGUUUAUCAGGCACAACAAGACGUAAAGCAUUUGGGUGAUAUUUUUUAAAAGAAAUAUGUCGACAUUUGAUUAAGACCCUAAAUAAAAACCAAAAGUCAUUUGAAGAGAAAUGUGUAUUUUGUUGCAGUGUUACUGAGAAGAUAUAUGUAGAUAGCAAAUAUGGUUUACUCUCAGCUUGUUGUAGGCUUGUUUAACAAAAAUGUAGAUACCUUAUUUAAUGAACCAAAAAUACUUUAAUAAAUCAUUUGUUUUGGACUGAACUACAUUUAGAUGAUCAAAACCAACAUCAAGAGAAUGAAAGGAACAACAUCCAGGACCCUAUAAAGAGUGCUGGCCAGACAGGGAGCUUGUGAUUGUCAGGGACUCCAUAUUGAGAAACACAGCAGGUUCAGUGCACAGUCUGGACCCCCUUAUGACAACAGUGUGCUGCCUUCCAGGAGCCUCUAUCACUCCCAUCACUGAGAACGUGGACAGUCUCCUAGAACGAACAGGAGACGGCCCAGUAGUAGUCAUCCAUAUCGGUACAAACGGCAUUGGAAGAGACAGGCCAAAAUCCCCGUAAAACAAAUUCAGAGAUCUAGGAAGGAAAUUAAGAGAUAAGACCGAAACUGUGGUAUUUUCUGGGAUACUGCCAGCACCUUACAAAGGACAAUAUGGACAGCUGAAAAUAAAUAAUCUAAAUGCAUGGCUAAAAUCAUGGUGCAAGUGGGAAGGCUUCACCUUCCUUGAACACUGGAGCACAUUCUACAUCACGGACUAUUUAUAUAGGCAGGACCGACUGCACUUAAAUAAAAAGGGAACCAAUCUACUCUGAGAAAGGAUCCUCGAGGAGGUUCAGAAAAAUUUAAACUAGAAAGGAAGGGGGGAGAAAUCAACAAAAAAACAGAAGUGAGACAACAUCAAAACAAGGGCAACAACUCAGGUAAGAUAGCCAUUAAAUGUAUUUAUCUAAAUGCUAGAAGUCUCCGAAACAAAAUAUUAGAACUUGAAGCUACUGCACUAACAAGUAACUACGAUGUGAUAGGUGUUAUGGAAACUUGGUUGUCUGAGAGUGAUGGAGACAAAUAUAAUAUUAGUGGGUAUACACUGUUUAGGAAAGACAGGCAGGACAGAAGAGACGGAGGGUUAGUGCUAUACAUCAAAAAUAGUCUUGAAGCCCAGGUGUUAAAUCUGGAAGAAAAAAGCAACGCAGAAUCAAUAUGGGUCAGAAUAAUGGACAAAAAUUCAAAGGGCAUAAUAAUAGGGGCAUGCUAUAGACUGCCAAAUUCAGGCACCAAGCAAAAUAAUCUGUUAUACAUUGACAUUAGAAAUGUGUGCAGCAAAGGAGAAGCCAUAUUAAUGGGGGAUUUCAACUUCCCCCAUAUAAAAUGGCAAAACCUGGUGGGGAGCACGACAGACGAAAUUGAAAUGGUGGAAAUGACAAAUGACUCCUAACGCAAUUUGUCAAGGAACCGCCUAGAAGGGAGGUAUGCCUUGAUUUAGUCUUUUCAAAUAACAAAGACAGAAUAACUAAAACAGAGGUCAGAGAACCAUUGGCAAACUCAGACCACAACAUGGUCUAAUUUGAAAUGCUUUUUAAAACCCAAAAAGUAAUGACUAAAGCUAAGGUUUACAAUUUUAGAAAGGCAAACUAUGAAGGUAUGAAACAGAGACUAACAGAAGUAGAAUGGGGUAAAAUAGAGAAAACAUCCAAGGAAAAAGGAUGGCUGUUUUUUAAAAAUAUAAUACUAGAAGCGCAAAACAAUUACAUCCCAAAAGUAGACAAAUUUAAGUCUAAAACAAAAUUGCCAAAAUGGUUUAAUAGAUCCAUUUAAAAAAAUAUUCUGAGAAAAAAAGGCACUUUACAGAGUGUUUAAAAGGGACCAAGAACAAAGUACACAGAAAGAGUACUUGGAACUGCAAGCGCAAGUCAAAAAAGAAUUUAGAAAGGCCAAGAGAGAGAUAGAAAUGAGCAUUGUUAAGGGGGCUAAAACCAAUUCCAAAAAGUUUUUCCAAUAUUAUAACAGCAAGAGAACAUUCAAAGAGGAGGUAAAAUAUCUCAAAGAUACAAAUGGCAAAAUCAUAGACAAAGAGAAAAAAAUAGCAAAAAUAUAAAAAGAUUACUUUUCACAAGUUUUUACAAAGGAGGAUAUGGCUAUUGUUGGUACAGGGCUUUAGGACUAAGCGUCACUUCCGGCUCCUGUGUGCUGUCAUUUCUGGUCCUUCCCUAAGCUCUGCCCACUACCCCCCUACACUUGGUUUCUGGUAUAAUAAGCAAACUUGUUAAAUUUGCAUACAACACAAAAAUAGGAGGAGUGGCAAACACCGUUGCAGCAGCAAAAGUCAUUCUAAAUGAUCUAGACAGCAUUCAGAAAUGGGCAGACACAUGGCAAAUGACAUUUAAUAUAGAAAAGUGUAAGGUACUGCAUGCAGGCAAUAACAAUGUUCAUUAUAAAUACUACAUGGGAGACACUGAAAUUGAAGAAGGAAUCUAUGAAACAGAUAUAGGAGUUUAUGUGGGCGGCAGUGUGGAGUAGUGGUUAGCGCUCUGGACUCAUGAUUUCCAUUACACGAGAGUGUAAUGGAAAAAAACUUCAUGCUGAUUUGAACUCAGCUCUCGCCAAGAUAAGCACCGACUAAGACAUAGCUUUACAGUAAACUAAUGUGAUCCAUCUGUGUAUCCAUCCAUUUGUGCUUCCUUCCAUAUGAUGAUGUAGAUAUCCUUCUGUAUAAAUUGGUAAUUGUAUGUAAAAAAAUAAUGUAAUUGUAUGUAAAAAUAAUGUGAUAUCUUGUAACAAUUGUAAGUCGCCCUGGAUAAGAGUGUCUGCUUAGAAAUAAAUAAUAAUAAUAUAGACUCAGAAAUGUUUUCAUCUCGACAAUGUGGUGAAGCUAUAAAAAAGGCCAACAAGAUGCUUGGAUAUAUAGUGAAAA